GAGUAAGUAAGAGUCGGUCAGAGGUGAUCAGUCAGUCAAAGUGGUUACAGAGAAGCAAAGUGGGAAAAGUAAACUUGCUGCCUUCGGAUACACCUCGACAACAUUUCACGACGAUGGGUGGCUUUUGGCUGAGAGAGGCAACAAAGUGGAUACUACUGUUGAAUCUUGCCAGCACUUUAUGGAAUCCUCCGUUUGUCAAAAGCGAAACGUGCAAUUCCAAAAUCAGAAUAAGACCCGUUGUCGUCAUCUCUCCAAGUCCAGAAAAUGUCAGUUUAGCCGUUGGUGCCUCCAUAACUCUGACUUGUAAAGCAGAGCCGAGAGCUAUAGAUAGAGGGUACAUGGAUAGAUGGGUCAAGUAUAUUCAAUGGUACAACCCAAAUGGUACAGAAGUUGGAGCAAAAUGCCAGCAGCCUUCAAGCAUAUCUGCAUAUAAAAGAAAAUUCAGCUGCCCAUUGGUUUUUAAAAAUCUGACAGAAGAUGAAUUUGGCCACUAUAUUUGCCAAGCGGGCAAUCAUUAUAGAAAACACUGCACAAGGCAAUCAUUUACAAUAGGCUCUGCACCGGUUUUUUUGGAGGUUCCAAGGAAUCAAAGUGUUUACAUAGAUUCCAAUGUCACUUUCGAUUGCAAUGCUACUGGUCUUCCUAAGCCAAACAUCUCAUGGAUCAAGAACGAUGAUUUUAAUACCUUGCAAUCCAAUUCAAGCGCAAAGGACAAGAAUAGCAUCCACAGUGAGCUCUUCAUAACGAAAGUGAAGAAGAAGGAUUUUGGCGGAUAUAAAUGCGUGGCAAUUAACAGCAUUGGAAAAAAGGUAUCAUUAUCGGCCUUCUUAAGCCAGAAAGAAAAGCGGGAAGACCCAAAAACCAAAAGUAAUUCAAUUGGUUCCAACGGAACUUUUAGCCUCACUGCCAGUUGUCAUUACAAGCCAAACAAUAGCAAUGGUUCAAAUGUUUCCAAAACCAAUUCAAAAGUAAAGGUCGUUGUAACUUCAGAUGCCACAAAAUGCCACAGUAUACUAAGCGUAGAGCUUAUAAGGGAGAAGACGAACGAAGAUGAAGGCACGUAUCAAUGCCGAACAGCUGGAAAGAGGGAGUCAAAAUUAGCCUCUUUACACGCAAAGGAAGAAAUAACCGAAACAAAACUGCACGAAAGCUCAACUAGUCAGAUUGCAAUAGUAAUCGCUGCAUCUUGUGUGGUGGUAACCUUACUUAUCAAUGGUGUUUUGGGGCUUUCGUGGUACAAGCGAUUUAAAGGUGGCAAAAAGUCGGAGGGACAGCGAAACGUCAUUAGGGUCCAUAUGAGCAAUGGCAGACACCCAACAGUCCUAAUUGCGCAGGAUAUUGAAGAACCCUGGUCGCUUGGAGCAAAGAACAUGGGAAGGGUCGACGAAAAGCUCGUGCUGUGUGCAGUGGAGAAUCGUUUGGGUGACGUGGAACAUUGAUGGAACGAAUUAUAGGCGAUGCUUGCUGGCCACAGUCUUUUUUAAAUUUGCAUUUUAUUAGUAUUGAUGUGGAAAGAUUGAAUCAUCAAUUUCUAGUUUUAAUCA